AUGCCAUAUUCGGAUCUCUCGUUCAGCUGCCUGGCGAUGAAGAGGGCAAUAUUCCAUGAAGAGCGUUGCUUGCACGGGGGGUGGCUGGUCCACCGGGGACAUCACCGGGGCUGGAGCACAGAUAACGCCUUCAAGCUGGCCUCUUUAUCUCACUGGGUGGACCUGGUGCCGCUACAUCAUCAUCUCCCCAUCCAGACUUCCCCGUCUGUCAUGUCGUUAGUUCCUCAGAACCGGGGCCAGCGUCUGUGUGCUCGCUUGGCCGGGGAUCAGACCAGACGUCUGGACUCCUUGACUUUACAGUUUCCUUACAAAGUGGCGUCUGAGACCACUGCCAAGCUCUCGGUUCUCUCGAUUACCAACAUGCGUCAACAGCAGUGCUGCUGGUUGGGGAUUGCUAUGAUCACAAUAGAGUUUAAUCCAAAUUCAACUGAUAAGAAGGUAAGCCAUGAUCCCGAUCACUGAUCUGCGGUACUUUGUGGAUACACAGCCAGCAUACCGCAUCUUAAAACCAUGGUGGGAUGUCUUCACCGACUACAUUUCCAUUGUAAUGCUCAUGAUUUCAGUCUUUGGGGGGACACUGCAGGUCACCCAGGACAAGAUGAUCUGCCUGCCAUGCAAAUGGGUUGUCAAUGAGACCUGCAGGAAAAAUUUCAGCGCCGCCUUUUCUAAAUCAUUUUUCCUGGAGCCCAAAGGGAUUCAGUAUGACCUGGACCGCCACCAGUACAACUACGUUGAUGCAGAGUGCUACGAAAAUAGCUUGCACUGGUUUGCCAAGUAUUUUCCCUACCUAGUGUUACUCCAUACCCUCGUUUUUCUAGCUUGCAGUAACUUUUGGUUUAAGUUCCCCCGUACUAGCUCCAAACUAGAGCACUUUGUGUCCAUUUUGCUGAAAUGCUUCGACUCCCCUUGGACAACCAGGGCACUGUCGGAGACAGUGGUGGAAGAAAGCGAUCCAAAACCAAUGAAAAUGAAUGGCUCCAUGGACCACAAGGAGUCCGUCAUAAGCGAGGAUGUUGAGGCGAAUGUUCCAAUGCUCCAAAGGACAAAGACGCGCUUCGAGCAGGGCAUUGUCGAUCGAACGGAAACGGGAGUUUUGGACAAGAAGGAAGGGGAGCAGGCCAAGGCGCUGUUUGAAAAAGUGAAAAAGUUUCGUAUCCACGUAGAAGAAGGAGACAUUGUGUACAGACUGUACAUCCGUCAGACCAUUAUCAAAGUUAUCAAGUUCAUUUUCAUAAUCUGCUACACAGGGUAUUACGUGCACAAUAUCAAGUUCAGCGUGGACUGUUCUGUGAAUAUAGAGAGCCUGACUGGCUACAGCGUGUACCGCUGUGCGCAUCCACUGGCGACGCUUUUUAAAAUCUUAGCAUGUUUCUACAUUAGCUUAGUGGUAGUUUACGGGUUGAUCUGCAUGUACACGCUAUGCUGGAUGCUUCGGCGUUCCCUGAAGAAGUACUCCUUUGAAUCGAUUCGGGAAGAGAGCAGUUACAGCGACAUCCCCGAUGUGAAGAACGACUUUGCGUUUAUGUUACACAUGAUAGAUCAGUAUGAUCCUCUGUACUCCAAACGCUUUGCCGUGUUCCUCUCAGAGGUCAGCGAAAACAAGCUGAGGCAGCUCAACCUCAACAAUGAGUGGACGCUCGACAAGCUCAGGCAGAGGAUAACUAAGAACUCUCAGGAGAAGCUGGAGUUGCACCUUUUCAUGCUGAGUGGUAUUCCAGAUACAGUAUUUGAUCUGAUGGAGUUGGAGGUCUUAAAGCUGGAGCUCAUCCCAGACAUCACCAUUCCGCCAAUCAUUGCCCAGUUGGUCAACCUACGAGAAAUGUGGCUGUAUCACACCCCAGCUAAAAUCGAAGCUCCAGCCUUGGCGUUCUUGCGCGAAAACCUGAAGUCUCUGCACAUCAAGUUCACUGACAUCAAAGAAAUCCCUUUAUGGAUCUACAGCUUGAAGAACCUCAGCGAGCUCCACCUGACAGGGAACCUCAGCGCUGACAACAACCGUUACAUUGUCAUCGACGGGCUCAGGGAGCUAAAGAGGCUCAAGGUUCUUCGUCUGAAAAGCAAUCUCACCAAACUACCUCAGGUGGUGACGGACGUUGGCCUGCACCUGCAGAAGCUCUCCAUCAACAAUGAAGGCACCAAGCUGAUGGUGCUCAACAGCCUGAAGAAGAUGGUGAAUCUAACCGAGCUGGAGCUGAUUCGCUGCGAUCUGGAGCGCAUACCGCACUCGAUCUUCAGCCUGCACAACCUGCAGGAGAUCGAUCUAAAGGACAACAACCUGAAGACCAUCGAAGAGAUCAUCAGCUUCCAGCACCUUCAUCGGCUGGUCUGCCUGAAGCUGUGGUACAACCAGAUCGCCUACAUUCCCAUUCAGAUCGGCACCCUGACCAACCUCGAAAAGCUCUACCUGAACAGAAACAAAAUCGAAAAGAUCCCUAGCCAAUUGUUCUAUUGCCGCAAGCUGCGUUUCUUGGACCUGAGCCACAACAACCUAACCUAUAUCCCGGUAGACAUCGGCUUCCUCCAGAAUCUCCAGUACCUGGCAGUGACUGCCAACAGAAUUGAAAGCCUUCCAAACGAACUGUUCCAGUGCAAGAAGCUCCGCACCUUAAACUUGGGCAACAAUUGCCUGCAGUCUCUGCCCUCCCGUUUUGGAGAGCUGACGGCUCUGACGCAGUUAGAGCUGCGGGGGAACCGCCUGGAGUGUCUACCCGUGGAGCUGGGGGAGUGCCGGCAGCUCAAGAGAACCAGCCUCGUGGUGGAAGAGGACCUCUUCAACACCCUUCCCACCGAGGUCAAGGAGCAGCUGUGGAAAGCCGACAAAGAGCAAGCUUGAAGGGGUUUGUGAGUAAAAAGAAAAAAUGGAUAGAGACCAACUCGAUCUAGGAACGGAGAGGGUGCCCGUGCUGUUGCAAAGCCGUGCAGAGGCGGGUUGUGGCGUUGCUGCGGUGUUGACAAUAAGGCUGGGUAUCUGGAGAAAGUGCCACUGUGACAGAACCAAAAAGACGCCUCUGGCAGCUUCCCCCGUUGUUUGCUUAGUCCAGUUAGGAUUUUGUUGUUGCGUUUGUUGUUUUUUGUUUGGUUUUUCGUUCCUUUAAAAACAACAUCUCAGGCCAGUGGCG